GCGACAGCCGGCCGGCCGGCGAGCUCCGCCUCCUCCUCUACCUUGCGGCGGCCCAGUACAGGCUUCCCCUCCUCCUCCUCCUCUCUCUCUCUCUCUCUCUCUCCCCUCCCGCCGCGAGUAGGGGCGCUGCCGUCCUUCAUCCUCGCCGGUAGAGAGGAAAUCGGAGGGGAGAAUUGCGCGAAAUGGGGGCGCUUUUGAGCUCCCCGAGCAGCAAGAACCAGUCUUGGGAGCAUGGCGGGGCAUCGGAGCCGGAUUCCUCCAAGAAGCCGCGGAUGUCGGCGCCUCUGUCCGGCUGCGGCCCACCCAGGCUGAUCCCGGGCCUGCCUGACGAGAUCUCGCUGCAGAUCCUCGCGAGGAUGCCCCGGAUGGGCUACAUGAACGCGAAGAUGGUCUCGAGGAGCUGGAAGGCCGCCGUCACCGGCGCGGAGGUGUACCGGGUGAGGAAGGAGCUGGGUGUGAGCGAGGAGUGGCUGUACAUGCUUACCAAGUCAGAUGAUGGGAGGCUAGUGUGGAGUGCUUUUGAUCCGGUUUGCAACCAAUGGCAGAGGCUGCCACUGAUGCCUGGGGUCAGCCAUGGUGGUGGAGGGUGCAGGAGGGGCAUCCCGGGGGUGUGGUUUGGGGAUCUGCUGAGCGCCGGGGUGAGGAUCUCCGAUGUUGUUCGAGGCUGGCUUGGCCAAAAGGAUUGUUCGCUCGACAGGAUUCCGUUCUGCGGUUCCACAAUCGGGAUGGUCGACGGCUGCAUCUAUGUUUUGGGGGGAUUCUCCAGAGCUUCCGCGAUGAAAUGCGUGUGGAGGUAUGAUCCUUUCGUCAAUGCGUGGCAGGAGGUUAGCUCGAUGAGCACCGGCCGCGCCUUCUGCAAGGCUAGCCUGCUGAACAACAAGCUGUAUGUUGUUGGUGGUGUCAGCAAAGGCAAGAAUGGGUUGGCUCCGCUCCAAUCCGCCGAGGUGUUUGACCCAAGAACAGGAAUUUGGGCGGAGAUGCCCGACAUGCCGUUCUCCAAAGCACAAGCUCUGCCAACUGCCUUCUUGGCUGAGCUACUGAAGCCCAUUGCUACCGGGGUGACCUCAUUUGGAGGCAAGCUUUAUGUUCCUCAAAGUCUGUAUUCCUGGCCGUUCUUUGUUGAUGUUGGUGGGGAGACCUUUGAUCCUGAGACAAAUUCAUGGGCAGAAAUGCCUGUAGGAAUGGGCGAGGGCUGGCCUGCGAGGCAGGCUGGUACAAAGUUAAGUGCUGUCAUAGAUGGGGACCUGUAUGCUUUGGAGCCAUCAACUUCUUCUGAUAGAGGUAAGAUAAAGAUUUAUGAUCCUCAGGAAGAUACUUGGAAGGUUGCGGUUGGCCAGGUACCUGUAGGUGAUUUUGCGGAGUCGGAAUGCCCGUACUUACUUGCAGGAUUUCUUGGCAAGCUCCAUUUGAUCAUCAAAGAUGUAAAUAGCAAGAUCAAUAUAAUGCAAACUGAUGUCCUGAAGCCUGUGGAGUUGUCGGCCCCUGGAACUGUCUCAACAUGCCAAGAUCAACAUCUCUCUUCACAACAGGAAACUAAUCUGUGGAAAGUUAUUGCGUCGAAAGAUCUUGCGGCUGCUGAACUAGUCAGUUGCCAGGUGCUCAACAUAUAAUUUGUUAUGCUUUUACUUUUUGCAGCAUUGCAUCAGUUGAGUAGAAUUGCUUCUGCUACCAUCUGAUAAAGUCAACGGUAAACUUGCUGGGGCUAUCACCGUAAGUGAAAAUGAUUCCUAUCUCUGUAUGGUUUGGAUAUGUGAGUAAUGAGCUGCGGGAAUUAAUUCGGACAGCAAUGUACAUAUGUAUAUGCAACCAGUGUGUAAUCCAACUGUAUAAAGUGAUAAGAUGGAGAAAACCAUACUGCUUUCUCCCGUUCUCAGGGCAACAGUGCUAUCUCAAUCACCACUGCCAAAUAUAUGAUCUUUUUUUCCAUUGUUAUUCUGGUUGUAGUGAUUGCUAUUUUUUUCCUCGCUUCUUGAUGGAAAGAAUGUGCAUUGAAUCAGUUGAUCCUCAUGUGUAAACUGUUCUCGAUAUAAAACGAAAUAAAUGUGCUGAUAACCUUAUGUCCUGGGUUGUUGGAACUUGAAACUUUCUACAAGGAAAUGCAAUGUCCAAUUGU